AUGUUUGCUUGGCGCGUUCUGAACCUGGCACUUUUCGUUGCGUUUUGCACGCAAUCUGUCGAUUCGAAGCCUGAGACUGACGAUGUGGCAAAACCACGCCAAAAGCGGUUUCUGCUUUUUCCACGUGCCAAUCCGGGACGUCUGCAGUUGAUUGGGGGCUUCGGCAUACCAGUCGAUAUUCAGCUAGAAUCGAUCACUGUGGGUUACGUUUUCAAAUCGGUAUACUAUUUACCGUGGAACUCGUCGCAUUUUACACCUCCGUUUUUGGAUCGGCACGAGCUGGAAACGCAACGAGCGCAUGACCAUAACCGACGGAAUGCGGUGCCGACACCCUUGUUGCUGCCACCGACCGAUAAUUACGAGCGUUACGGUGAACAGAGGCAGGAUUUGGGCAGUGAAUCGCUACCCGACUCUAAGGAAUCGCGGUGGAUGUUUUACCAAAUGCUAGAACAACUUUUCCAACAAAGAGGAUUCAACGGGCGCAGUUGUGUGUUGCGUGCAAUAUGUGAAUCUUCGGAGGCUAGUUUUACGCACACGAGCGGGCUGAUAGGCGAAUUAUUGCAUAUUGCCUUUACUCCAUCCGCCACCAACGACGUGCUUCGCGAGCCGCACCACGAAUUGUAUCGAAUGGCUGAAAUAGUUCCGCGAAGUGUGAGCGGACGUAGCGGCGGUUCCGUUUGCGCCAAUAUGUUCUCCGAGUGUGACCUCUCGCUGCUGGACUCGUUUUCCAGCGUGUUCCAUGACCUUAUUAGCACCAUAUGA